AAAAAGACGAAGUUCAUGGCAAUCGCUAUAAAAGGCCCAAGACAUUUGACAGUCUACAGAGAAAGCUCUAGGAAAUCGCAAGAUGAAGUUUACACUGUUUGCUCUGCUUGCCGCAUUUUGCGUGCUCAGCGUCAAUGCUGGCACAUGGCAACCACUUGUGAUGUCAUCAGAUGUUGGCAUGGAAUACGAGUCAAAUGAAUUUGCCGAUGUCGAAGGCGACUUCAUGGAGCCAGAGACGUUUCUUAUCUGGGGGAUCUUGAAGAGGAUACUUCGCUGUGUCAAGGGAUUCAACUGCGUUCUUAAAUGGGUAGUGGGCAUCAAGGCAAGUGCUACGCAAUAUAGCGACGAUAUCACUGCCUGUGGCGUCGAAGCCAGUAAGGAAGUAACCGCUCUGCUCAAUACCAAUGUGAAAAUCAUUCAAACUGCCAAUAACAUCAUCAACCUCAAGACCAACGUUUGCGCCACUGCGGAAAACGGCAAAAAGCCUUCCAUCACCAACUUUUGUACUGUGAGGACUCUAAGACAGGUGAUUCGCCUUUACGUUCAGGUGAAGAGGGCUAUCAGACAGAGUAAGAAAAUUCCCACGAUCGGACCUAAUGCCACCACAUGUGUGACCAAUGCAACAAACACGCUUGUCUCUUAUUACACUAAUUUCGUUAACGACGUAACCAGUUGCUCCAAGCUCAUCGGCAGCUAAGCAGCAUAUCUAUCCUUAAUAUCUUAAUUUUGUGAAAUAGUUUUUAACUAUUAAACGUGCAACGCAAAUCAAAAUUUA